CUUAAUCUAAUUAAUUACCAUGUAAUUAAUUAAUGUAAUUAAUUACCAUUAGUCACAUGAUAUAAAUAUGUUACUCUGAGCCCUGGGAUUCCUACCUGCAGCAGCUACUCAGCUACAAUGAAAGUCCUUCUGGCUCUUGGUGUUGUGCUCGCAUGCUCUGUUGCACUGUCUAGUACUCAGUGUAUGACUUCAAAAUUGAAAUUUAAUUUGAUAACAAGAACUACAGGCUGUGAGCAUAAAGGAAAAUUUCACAAAAUAGAGAGCGUGUGGACUUUGGACUGUGAAGAGUGCUCCUGUAAUAAACAUGGCCUGAGCUGUUGUUCAUUGACACGUACACCAAUCUAUGAUAAGAAGGAAUGUGUAGCUGUAUUUCAUAAGGAAUCCUGUAGUUACACAGUGACCAAAAAGAAUAAUCCAUCGGAACCAUGUGAGAUCAAAGCCAUGGGACCAAGCACAGGAAAAGGAAAGGACAUCGCAGAAGUUGAGUUCUAUAAAAAAGAUCAUCGAUGCCUGCGAGACUCCCAGCAUUCAGAUGAAGAGGAGAUGGAGCAGACAGUGUAG